CAUGCCAUCCGAACAGGACUUGAUUGUUUUCAAAUUGUUUGUCGUCAGGUGGUUGAAAUUCAUUCAUAAAUUUCUCGUGUGUGAUUAUUUUUGAAAUGAAUUCGUUGUCGCGGACCUCUUCGGUGGCUAUCACCGCCUCGACGGCGACGAGCGUCACGGCGGCCGCCGUUUCCAUUCUUCAAGAUAACAAUGGAAGUUCAAACAGUGGCUCUUCCAACUCACAACAACUUGAUAAAAGUGAAAUUAAUGAUGCGGUUACUAAAGUUUUGCAAGGGUAUGACUGGACGCUAGUCCCCAUCGCAUCCAAAGCUGCUUCUGAUAAGCGAAAACUGCAUGUGAAACGUCCCAUGAACGCCUUCAUGGUGUGGGCCCAAGCCGCCAGACGGAAAUUAGCUGACCAAUAUCCACAACUCCACAAUGCGGAACUGUCAAAAACACUUGGCAAGUUAUGGAGACUCCUGAGCGACGUGGACAAGAAACCCUUCAUCGAAGAAGCCGAAAGACUCCGGGUGAUCCACAAGCGCGAACACCCGGACUACAAAUACCAACCUCGCCGAAGAAAACAGAACAAAAGCCCUGGGGACUCCAUGCUCCAAUUACCCCACGGCCAAAACGUCACUUUCUCCCGUUCCCUCAAACAGGAAGACUCCCCUUGCAGUCCCCGAAGCCACAGUUCCACAUCUCCAUCCACUUGUUCCUCCCAACCCCAGAGUCCCGCCAUCCAGUCCCAGACGCUCCGGUCCUGUCUGGAACAGCACAAUUUGGACUUCAACCGCCUCCCGGAAAUAGACAAUAGCUACAUACCGGAAGACUGCAUCGACAGCAGCGACUUGGACCAGUACUUCCCCUCAGAAAGCAGCCAGUCGUACCAACCUUACUACACCAAACAUCCAACGGAGGAAGAGACUAACAAUAAUUAUAAAAAUAAGAGGUUAUGCACCGAGAAUGUUUCGCACCAGGAAACCUACGAAGAGGCCACUGGGAGGUACCAUGAGCUUCAGCCGAGUUCCGUGGUAAAAGCUGAAAGAUUUGUUUCACCAAAUGCUUCAGUGGUGUAUAGUUAUCAGUCGGGAGUGCCCAUUGGGUCGACUUCCACUUAUUACACGAGUAGUGGUCAUCAGUAUUUACCUUCGUACCAGUAUUUGCCUCAAAGGCCUGUUUUUGGAAACUCUUCAUUGAGUUACAAUGAGAGUAAUCCUGAACCAUGGGGACAUUACACGUUGUAGUUUGACUGAAAUUUUCUCGAAAACGUGAUAUUUAAGUACUAUUUAUAUUUUAUUACUUGCUUUAUUGUGUUUUAUUUUUAUGUAAGUACUUACAAUAUUUUAUUAUUAUAGUAGAAGAAAUGUUUCUCUUGAAGCCAAAGAAAUUCAUUUAAUCAAAACCAAGAGAAAUGUUUAUGUAAGCCAAACUUAGUCUAGGUUUUGUUUUCAACCAUUUAAUGCGCUGUUUUAAGUGUAUUUUGUACUAAUAAGUGCCUUAGACCCGAAUAUUUUUGUAUAAAAUAAGUUAAUUACAUAGAGUCCUUUAUAUCCAAAUAAACAUU